CGUGGUCCCGGCCCCCUCCACCCGCAGUCUCGGCCUCGGCCAGCAGCCCCUGCCCCCCGGGGGACGCUGACGGCCGCCGGGCGCGCCGCCCUAGCGUACGGACAGGGGGCGCUCCGCGCGGCCUGGGGCAACCCGGGCCACAGGGGCAGGAAAGUGAGGGCCCAGGUCAGCCCGGGCGUGCAGGGGCCCCGGGUUCGCAGCGGCGGCAGCGAUAGCGGCACUAAGCAGCAGCGGGAGCGCCGGGUUGAGCCGGGAAGCCGAUGGCGGCGGCGGCGGCUCCGAUUCCUCGCUGACUGCCCGUCCGCCCUCCUACUUUGAGCGCCAUGUUACCGAGCCAAGCUGGGGCCGCGGCGGCGCUGGGCCGGGGCUCGGCCCUGGGGGGCAGCCUGAACCGGACCCCGACGGGGCGGCCAGGCGGUGGAGGCGGCGGCGGGACUCGCGGGGCUAACGGGGGCCGGGUCCCCGGGAACGGCGCGGGGCUCGGCCCGGGCCGCCUUGAGCGGGAGGCUGCAGCAGCAGCGACAACCACCCCGGCGCCCACCGCGGGGGCCCUCUACAGCGGCAGCGAGGGUGACUCGGAGUCGGGCGAGGAGGAGGAGCUGGGCGCGGAGCGGCGCGGCCUGAAGCGGAGCCUGAGCGAGAUGGAGCUCGGCGUGGUGGUCGGUGGGCCCGAGGCGGCGGCGGCGGCCACAGGGGGCUACGGGCCGGUGAGCGGCGCAGUGAGCGGGGCCAAGCCGGGUAAGAAGACUCGGGGCCGCGUGAAGAUCAAGAUGGAGUUCAUCGACAACAAGCUGCGGCGCUACACGACCUUCAGCAAGAGGAAGACGGGCAUCAUGAAGAAGAAACCAAGGCUGCUUCCAGUGGGUUGUGGAACUUUGUUGGGAGUGAGGAUGCUACCUAUGGGGCCAUCCUUGAAGGCCUAUGAGCUGUCCACGCUGACAGGGACACAGGUGCUGUUGCUGGUGGCCAGUGAGACAGGCCAUGUGUAUACCUUUGCCACCCGCAAACUGCAGCCCAUGAUCACCAGUGAGACUGGCAAGGCACUGAUUCAGACCUGCCUCAACUCGCCAGACUCUCCACCCCGCUCAGACCCCACCACAGACCAGAGAAUGAGUGCCACGGGCUUUGAAGAAACAGAUCUCACCUACCAGGUGUCGGAGUCCGACAGCAGUGGGGAGACCAAGGAUACACUGAAACCGGCCUUUACUGUCACCAACCUGCCGGGUACCACCUCCACCAUCCAGACAGCACCCAGCACCUCUACCACCAUGCAAGUCAGCAGCGGCCCCUCCUUUCCCAUCACCAACUACCUGGCACCAGUGUCUGCUAGCGUCAGCCCCAGCGCUGUCAGCAGUGCCAACGGGACUGUGCUGAAGAGUACAGGCAGCGGCCCUGUUUCCUCUGGGGGCCUCAUGCAGCUGCCUACCAGCUUCACCCUGAUGCCUGGUGGGGCAGUGGCCCAGCAGGUCCCAGUGCAGGCCAUUCAGGUGCACCAGGCCCCACAGCAAGCGUCUCCCUCUCGCGACAGCAGCACAGACCUCACGCAGACCUCCUCCAGCGGGACAGUGACGUUGCCCGCCACCAUCAUGACAUCAUCUGUGCCCACAACUGUGGGAGGCCACAUGAUGUACCCCAGCCCCCAUGCAGUGAUGUAUGCACCCACCUCGGGCCUGGCUGAUGGCAGCCUCACCGUGCUCAAUGCCUUCUCUCAGGCACCAUCCACCAUGCAGGUGUCCCACAGCCAGGUCCAGGAGCAAGGUGGCGUCCCACAGGUGUUCCUGACAGCGCCAUCUGGGACAGUGCAGAUCCCUGUUUCUGCAGUUCAGCUUCACCAGAUGGCUGUGAUAGGGCAGCAGGCCGGGAGCAGCAGCAACCUCACCGAAUUACAGGUGGUGAACCUGGAUGCCGCCCACAGCACCAAGAGUGACUGAUCCGCCCUGCCGCCCUGGACAGAUGGCCCAAGGGACGGCACCACUUAUUUAUUGUUGCCUUUUCACGUUUUCUUUACACACAUGUUGACGGGCCGCAGGAGGGAGGCGGGGAGGAGCAGUGGGCAGCCACAGGACUGAGCCCUCUCACUCCAGCCAAAGAAAUGGGCCAGCCUGCCCUCCACCCCAUCCUCCCUCACCCUCCCCUCCUUCUAGCUCCACCUCCCAUCUCUGUUGAUGGUGGGGCUGUCCUGCCUCCUCAGACUCCCCUUGCCAGCUUGGCUCCGUGUUUGCCAUGAGUAUUAGCUUACCCAAUGGGACCGUGCUCCCCCUCCCACACACAGGUCUCUGUGGGACGAGGCACUGUGUCCCCCUGAGGAAGCAGUCGGGGUCCUCUCCCCAGCCUCCUUGCUGACCCCAUGUCAGCUCUGCGUCUGCCACAGGCUGGGUCAAAAGAGCCCUAACCCUGCCCCUCAGGGAGCCAGCUGGGGAGAUGGGGCUUCUUCCCUCAAGACUUGCCCGUGCCGGUGGCCCCUGCAGCUCCUGAGUAGUGGGGCCUGUGCACGGAGCAGAUUCCUGGGGUGACCUGCCCUGCCCUGCCGCUCCCCUCGGAACUCCGGGGGAUACUGGGUUGGAGGGAACCACCGGUGUUCCCUCUCCCCCUGUCUUCCCCCCCUCCUCCCAGCUGCUUUACUUAAAGUUGAUUUUGAACUUUUUAUUUGAGGAGACGAAGUGAAAACAAAUCUAUAAAUAUAUAUUUUUAAAAUAUUUAACUUUUUUUUAUGGCGUUUUUCUCAUUCCCCUCCCUGCCCAAGCUCCCCUUCCCUGGGGAGCCCUGGGGCUCCCUGGAGCUGGCUGGGCUUCUGGGGACAGAGCCGCCCCUUGAGCUCGGGGCCCGCCAGUGUGUGGGGGAGAUGCUGGGAUUGCCCGGUCCUGGGUUGUUUCCAGGAGAAAACCGGGGGAGGGGCCCUCAGGCCAUGCCCCAACGGGGUGGGGAGGGUGACCCACAGCUCUGGGCCUCUUUUUGUCCUUCAGGGCUGUUGCUAGGGAGAGGGAAAAGGGAGACCAAAUGUGGGGAUGGGGGUGGGAGGGCGUCAGAGGCAACCGACUUCAUUUGUGCCACACGCAUGGGCAUUGCA